CGCUUCCAAGCGAGAUUUAGUCUGAGUGAGUGAGUGAGCCUGAGUGAGUGUUGUUGGUGUUCAUGUGUUCGGCGUAGUAGAUGUUGCUGAAGAGUGUGAGGGAGUGCGCACAGAAGGGCCAUGAAGACCAUGAGCUCCAAGGCUCUAGCGGUGCCCUGCCCGCCUUUGUCCGGUGGGAGGAAGAAUUCUGUAACGAGAGGAGAGCGAAGUAGAGGCAGCAGGAACAACUUCGUAUGCUUCAACGCAAUUUCGAAUCCUAGUGCCGCGCUUACGCAGACGGAGCAUUCAACGUUUCUGACGGAGGUUGCCGCGCUUGAGCCUCCGGCGUCGCUUCAAGCACUAAUGAAUGUGCUUCAAGCUAAAGGAGAGCGUGUCGUGUCUCCCUACAAUCGAAAAGGGAUAAUUCCGCUUGCCAUUCCGCUCACGGCGACGGAAGAUGGAGACAUGACCGCGCUCCUGCGAUGGCCUACGCCCGCGAGCGGGAUGGACGUGCCGGUGGUGCGUGUGAAGAGCUUCGGGGUUACAUUGCUGGCUAAGAGUCCCGAGGAGUACAUUCAUAGGGCUUUGGUAGAGGAGGAUGUGGCGGGAUGCUCGGGUAGAAUUUGCGAGAGCGCCGGUGAGGUUGGGAGCUCUUUGUACCAGCGGGGCAACUUUGAAGCGUCGAAAUUGAGCAGCCUUGAUGUUUAUUUGAUGAAGAAAGUAGGGCUCUUCCCGGAUGUGUUUGAGCGGCUUGCAAUGCGGCAUGUAGAGAAUGGUGAUGAUAUUUCAGCUCUGGUGACGGCGGAGUAUUACGCGAGCAAGAAGCAUUUUCCAGGCUUCGGUAGGCCGUUUGUCUUCAAUGCCGAGUUGAUGCUGAAGGUGGGACGCAAGCUGGAAGCAAAAGAUGCUGCGCGAUGUGCGCUGCGUUCACCGUGGUGGACGUUGGGAUCCUGGUACGCAGAUGUCGCAAACAUUGCUGGCUGGGGCGAAGAGCAAAUUGAAUUCAUGCGGGAGAGGUUAACUGAAGAGGGUCGUCGAGAAGACCUUCUCAAGGGCAAGAGUCUGGAACAAGUGGCGGUGGACCAGGCAGCUUUCUUGUUAGACCUUGCUGCAGUUGAGGGCACUUGGGAUGCCGUGCGGGAGCAGCUGGCCGACUAUUAUAAAGAGGGCGGAUUUGACGAUAUUUCUAGAUUCAUUAGCACAGCGUGAAAAAGUUUUAAUACAAAUUGGUGUGCUGCAUUUUGCACAUCGUGUAAAAUCCAUCGUAAUUGGCAUCAAGAUUGAACAUCCCUUAAGGUUCAGCGUCA